AUGACGCCCACACCGCCUUCAGCGAACACGUCGUCGACCGGCCGGUCACCUGAACCGCAGUUUCGGGUCGUCCGUAAGAGAAACCGAGUACCUCUCAGCUGUUACCCCUGUCGAACAAGAAAGAAAUGCGAUAGAUCUCACCCAUGUAGCAACUGCACCAAGCGGGAAGGGGCAGGCACUCUCUCCUGCUCCUACGCCGCGCCCGUCUCCCGCAGGAAGAACCAGAGCCAGGGGGAGCCCACUCCGGAUGAUAUGCAAAACCGCAUCGACAGGUUAGAGGGUCUCGUAUUAUCCUUGAUGCACGGCGGGGCCAACAUCGAAGCGCCCUCAUUACCUGGCGGUUCCUCCAUCUCUUCCGGCGGCGGCGCUGCUUCCAAUGCCUCGCCUUCUGCAGGAGACAGCAGCUCGCUACCGGCCAAACCCGGGGGGCACGACGACGACGGCGCGAUGCAGGAUGAUGACGAAAGCGACAUUGACGAGGGGCUCGCCAAGUCCCUCGGAGUCCUGAAGAUGGAUCCGGUUCGGUCGAAACAUGUGUAUCUUGGGGAGGAGCAUUGGCACACCAUCUUGAGCGAUAUUGCCGAGGUCAAGAACUACUUUGCGAGCCACAAGAAAGACCUGGAGACAAGCUAUGAGAAAAUCCGGCUAGCGAAGCCCGCGCAGGCCAGUCAACCGCCGUCUCUACUCAUGGGUGUUGCUCCUGCGACCGAGAUCGAGCUUCGGGCAGAGUUGCCGCCCAAGUCGACGGUGCUCGCAUUGUGCGCGAGGUACUUCAAUUCCAUGGAUAACGCGGCCAACAUUCUGCACGCCCCGUCGUUCCAGCAGCAGCUUCGAGACCACUGGCGGGACCCGUCUAAGACGCCCAUCAUGUGGCUGGCCUUGUUGUAUGCUGUCAUGUGUCUGGCACUGACGAGCUACCACAAGGUCGGAGACGAACCGCCCGAGUGGAAGGGUAGGGUGCUCGAGUUGGCGCAUGAGUACCGGUUGAGAACGGUGCAGUGCUUAAAUGUCGGCGACUAUACGAGACCGGCGCAAUUCACUGUCGAGGCCAUGAUGCUAUAUAGCUUCUGCGAGUAUGCCACUCGUUGGGACGCCGAUUUGGGCAUAUGGAUCAUUGUAUCCGCGGUAGUGAGGGUCGCUCUGAGGAUGGGCUACCACCGGGACGGCAAGUGGUUCCCAACGCUCACCCCGUUUGAGGCGGAAAUGAGACGCAGGACCUGGGCCUUCGUGAGGAUGAUGGACAUCUUCUUUUCGCACCAUCUAUCCCUGCCGAGCAUGAUCUCGGAACACGACUGUGACACCGAGUUGCCCCACAACAUCUACGAUGAGGAGUUCGGACCAGACUCAAAAGUGUUGCCGCCCUCCAGACCCAACACCGAGGCGACACCGGUAAGCUACAUGGUGUCCAAAGUCAAGCUGUGCAAUCAUCUCGGUAUCAUCAUACAGGCCACAGGCCGGGUAAAGGACCAGGUGCAUUACGACGAUAUCCUCCGGUUUGAUGCGAAGCUGCGAGACAUCCGGGCUGAGCUCCCUCCUCACUUGAGGAUGCAGCCGCUCGAUGCCUCCGAUCCGCUGACGUCGGUCAUGGCCCGAUUCCACCUGGAUAUUCUCUACCUCAAGAUCAUGUGCGUGCUUCAUAGGAAAUACAUACCGCGAGCGAGACACAACCCCAGGUAUGCCCACUCGCGGCGCACCGCCAUCGAGGCGUCCUUGGAGACGCUACGGCACCUGGCGACCCUGCAUAGGGAGUCGCAACCCAACGGGCUAUUGCAUUCGAUCAAAUGGUUCUUCACAUCGGUCACAACCAAGGACUUCCUCCUCCCCGCCAUGCUGGUCGUUGCGGAUCUGCAUUUCGACAACGCGAGCCGGGAUCCGGCGGGGCAGCACAACGCCCAAGGCUCGGAUUUCUGGACAAGAGAGCAGCGCCAGGAGAUGAUCAGCAGCCUCGAGCGGACAAGGGACAUAUGGAAGGGACUGUCCGACGUCUCGAUCGAGGCGCUCAAGGCCUCUAACAUCCUCGAGAUCAUGUUGAUCAAGAUCAAGAGCCUCGGGGGGGCGGACGGGCCGACAAGUUCGCCGGGGACGUCGCGUGCUUCGGGGCCUCGUGGAUCCGGAGACUCGGCAGGUUUGCGGCCAGAACAUCUGGAGGCUGUCGGGCGAGGCAUGCCUUCAGGUCCGGCGAUGUCAGGGCCCUCGGCGGUCUUCAAUAGCGUCCAGCCCUCCAUGGGCAUGAGUUUCGGCGCCCCCAGCCUGGGCCUAGACGUAGGGAUUUCAGGCGUGAGUCCCGGGACCGGGUCGGGUACAAGCACGGGGAUGGGGAGUGCUACAGCACCGGAUUUCUCCAACCCCAUGAUGGGUUUCGACAGCGUGCAGUCACCGCUGAGCAUGUUCGAUAACAUGGCGAGCAGUACCCUGGACUUUUCAGACAACAACUUCGACUGGGAAUCGUUUGAAAACUUUACCCAAACUGCAAACUGGGGCGGCGAGUCUUUGCAGUUCUUCCCUGGCGGUUCGGAACAGUCGCAGCAACAGAGGCCGCACGAUGGGGUUCCGUUCCCCUAUAACAUGGAUCCGACGGGGCCAAGCUGA